AUGGGCGGAGUUCAAACCCCAAAAUCCGACUCGCGACGAGGCUCGCGAGAAUUCGUAGCGCAGGAGAGAGGCACAAAACGAAUCAGAACGCAAUCUCUACCGCCGCCAGACCUCCCCAAGCUCGUCGCUGAACAACACGUUCCCAUCCCGUCGAGCGACAAGAGCACCCAGCGCCUGAUCGUCGUUCUCUGCAAUGCCACACUCGAGAGCUACAAGGUGUCGUCGCACGGCGGCCGAGGCCCUAUGGCGGGACGGGACGACAAGUACACUCUCCUCAACAGCGACGACCACAUUGGAGUCAUGAGGAAGAUGGGCCGAGACAUCAGCGAGGCUCGCCCAGACAUCACCCAUCAGUGUCUGCUCACCCUGCUUGACUCACCGAUCAAUAAAGCCGGCAAACUCCAAAUCUACAUCCAGACGGCAAAGAAUGUCCUCAUCGAGGUCAGCCCGACCGUGCGCAUUCCCCGGACAUUCAAGCGCUUCGCUGGUUUGAUGGUCCAGCUGCUGCACCGACACCAAAUUCGCUCUACCACGUCCCAAGAAAAGCUCAUCCACGUGAUCAAGAACCCCAUCACCGACCAUCUCCCGCCAAAUUGCCGAAAGGUCACGUUGAGUUUCGAGGCGCCGGUAGUGCGAGUAACAGACUACGUCCAGGGCCUCAACAAGGACGAGAGCAUAUGCGUCUUCAUUGGAGCCAUGGCCAAGGGCAGCGAUGACUUCGCAGAUCACAUCAAGGACGACGCAAUCGGGAUCAGCAACUUCAAUCUCAGCGCUAGCGUUGCAUGCGCCAAGUUCUGCCAUGCCGCCGAGGACGUGUGGAACAUCAUAUAA